AUCAAUGCUCCAUGUGAUUCAAUGAAUGUUUUGACCUUGUUUAUGCAUCCAAUAAAUAGACCACUGGAGCUAUCUUCUCUUAUAAUCUUCCCCAACAAAUGAAACUGGCCUAACAAUGGCAAGCAUUAACAAAGCAAGUAUGACGAAACAAUGGUGAAAUUCGCAAAAGAUUGAAAAAAGAUGCCGAACUUUAGGUUGUUACCGAAACACAUAAUCCUUGUCCGACAUGGUGAGUCCGAAGGCAACAAAGACCCCUCGGUCUACAAGACAACCCCCGAUUAUAAGAUCUCCUUAACCGAACAUGGCCGAGCCCUAGCCCGACUUGCCGGUUCCCGGCUCCGGGACCUCAUUUCGAGCAAGGGGCCUUCCCAACAUUGGCGGAUUUACUUCUACGUAUCUCCUUACGAGCGCACCCAAUCCACGCUACGGGAGAUUGGGAAAUCGUUCUCGAAGAAAAGAGUGAUCGGGGUGAGAGAAGGGUGUAGGAUUGGGGAACAGGAUUUUGGGAAUUUCCAGGUGGCUGAAAGGAUGAGGAUUACAAAAGAAACGAGAGAAAAUUUUGGGAGGCUUUUUUAUAGGUUCCCUGAAGGUGAAUCUGCUGCAGAUGUUUUUGUUCUAGUUUCCAGUAUGUUAUUCUUCAUUAUCAAAUUUACAUUCCUUUUUAAUGGAAACUUUGCAUUUUGCUUAAAAGGGUGCUUAGGAAAUCUAGCUUCUGUUGAGAAAAAUGAUAAUUUGCUAUUGGGUUCUUGGUUCCUGCAUAUACAAGACUCUGGUUUAUUGAUUUCUUGA